GUUCCCUUUGGAGAGGUGCAGCUGGUCCGAGACUGGCUUCAGGUACGUGGACAGGUGUCUCGGCCAGCACGUGAGCACCCAAAAAGACCAAUCCGGGGCCUGGAGUGCCCCCAGACGGAGGUGAGCGGUGCCCGCUUCUGGGGCUUCUUCCGUUCCGUGUGCGCCAGCCCCGAGGUGUUCUUCCGCCACUGCUUUGUCCACAACCAUUGCCCGCUGCUCUUCAUCAGCCAGAGCGGCCGCAACCUGACCCCGGCUGACUUGCCAGCUGCUCAGCGGGAACGGCUCAUGCAGGUCUGCGACGAUGCCUUGUGCGAGGCUGUAAAGUUAUUGGGUGUCGCUGUGGUGAUUGGCGUGGGACGCUUUGCCGAGCAGCGUGCCCGCAAAGCCCUCUCGGCCGCUGGCAUUCCAGUGCGAGUAGAGGGGGUGAUGCAUCCCUCACCUCGCAACCCCCAAGCGAAUAAGGGUUGGGACGCCAUCAUCAGAGCAAGGCUGGAGGAACUAGGUGUGAUGAGCCUUGUUGCAGACUGAUCCAUUGGUGGACUCGAG